CUUCCCGGUUUCCUUGGAUGCUCAAAUUCCUGAUUUUUCAUCUUCAGACUAUACACUUUAUUUAAAAAAACAAAAAGUGGUGUGCAAUUAUCUCCACAUUUUCUUCUUCACGAAGACUUUGCAUUGGCACUGCAAUCUGUUAAUCCUAUUAAAAGACCCCUCCUUAUGUCGCUAUACUCACCAUUUUUCUUCCCUCAAAAUGAGUAACUCCAUGUCCCUCGCCACGCUUCUAACCUUAUUCCUGUUCUUCCUUUCCAUUACAGCAAAUGACAAUGUAAGGAAGCCUUACAUAGUUCACAUGAUGAAGUCCAUGAAGCCCGAGCACUUCAGUUUGCAUGAGCACUGGUAUCAUUCAAUUCUCACCCACGCAACUUCUAAUGCCUCCACAUCAGAUCCCAGCCUCUUGUUAUAUACGUAUGAGGUAGUCCUUCAUGGCUUUGCGGCCAAGCUGACCAGUGCGCAGGCUACAGCUUUAGAGAGCGUGGAUGGCUGUCUAGCUGUAAUUCCGUCCGCUCUAUAUAAACUCCAUACCACACGCUCACCUCAGUUCCUCGGCCUCACCGACGGCAGCGGACUGUGGACUCAGAAUUUGAAUCGCGGAGAAGAUGUCAUAGUGGGCAUGGUGGAUUCGGGAAUAUGGCCUGAGAGCGAAAGUUUUCAUGACGAGGGACUCGGCCCUGUUCCCUCCAGAUGGAAAGGCGAGUGUGAAAGCGGAGAGCGAUUCAGUUCCUCCAACUGUAACAGAAAGCUCAUCGGAGCUCGAUUUAAUUUCUCCGUGGGUUACAAAUCGCAUGUGGGUGAGGAUUUCAUAUCCCCAAGAGACAACCAUGGCCACGGCACACAUACUGCUUCUACUGCUGCGGGAUCUGCUGUAAAGGGAGCGAGCUACAAUGGAUUUGGCAAUGGAACGGCUAUGGGUAUGGCCCCUGCGGCCAGACUGGCCAUCUACAAGGUCUGCUGGGGACAGAAAGGAGACUGUGAUGCGAGCGACAUAGCUGCUGCAAUGGAAAAAGCCGUCCAAGAUGGCGUCGAUAUUAUUUCUAUUUCAAUUGGCGAUGCGUCUGAGCUUCCUUUUUACACGGAUCACACAGCCCUGGCAGCAUUCGGGGCAAUAGAGAAGGGUGUACUUGUUUCCGCCUCUGCUGGUAACGAAGGGCCUUUCUCGUAUUCUCUUACAAACACGGCGCCAUGGUUAAUCACUGUGGGUGCGAGCACUAUAGACAGAGAGUUUCUGUCUCCUCUGAAGCUCGGCAAUGGCGAGCUUUUCAGAGGCUUGUCGUUAUACAGAGGACCGGGGAUUAAAAAUCUGCCUCUGGCCUACGACUAUUGCAGUGACCGAGGUCUCGAUCCACACAUUUUCAAAGGCAAAGUUGUGCUGUGCACUUCCCAAAGCAAUUCAACGGAAAAAGCAAGUCUUGUGAAGGACGCCGGUGCAGCAGGAUUGAUAAAUGUCAACGAUAACGAUUUCCCGGUCGAUCAACCAUAUCUGCCCGCUACGAGCGUGAGUUAUACGGCAGGCGAAAAGAUAAAAGCCUAUGUUAACAGCACCGCUGCACCCACAGCCACCAUCAAUCCCACGGGGUUGACAGUGGUGGGAAAAGCAACGGCUCCAAUCGUGGCCCUGUUUUCUUCCAGAGGUCCAAGCCAGAUCUUUCUAGACGUUCUUAAGCCCGAUAUAAUCGCCCCUGGUGUUAACAUCUUAGCAGCUGCCAUAGAAGGCGGCUUCAAGAUAAAGUCCGGGACCUCAAUGGCGUGUCCCCACGUCAGCGGCACUGCAGCACUCAUCCGAGCUGCGCAUCCUACGUGGAGUCCUGCAGCAAUCAGAUCGGCUCUCAUGACUACGGCAUCCACGCUGGACAACAGAAAGCAGCCCAUCAAAGAUUCACUAACCUUGCGAGCCGCGGACCCAUUUGCAAUGGGUGCAGGUCACUUAAAUCCAAGGGCUGCCUUGGAGCCGGGUCUGGUGUACGAUUUGGGCCCUCAAGACUACAUCAACUAUCUGUGUGGUCAAAACAUGUACACCGAAAAGCAAAUAGCCCUGCUCACCCACAAAUGGCCUCCCUGCCCCAAAUCGGAAUCAGGUGCAGAUCUUAACUAUCCGUCUUUCUCAGUUUUGUUGAAGUAUGGAGAGCGUGUUCAGUUGAAAAGGACGGUUACCAAUGUGGGCGGCGACAAUUCCGUGUACAAAGUGCAGGUGAAGAGCAGUCCAAACAUAAAGGUAAGCGUGGAGCCAGAUACAUUUGUGUUCAAGAAACGGAGUGAGCAGGCAAGUUUUAAUGUGACAUUCGAAGGCAAAGUGAAAGGGAGUGAGGAGGAGUACGGGGAGUUAUCGUGGAAAUGCAUCCAAGGUGGAACGCACAUCGUUCGUAGCCCAAUUGCCGUUCUGUGGACCACGCUUUGAACUGGAGCAGCUCUCCUUUUAUAUAGCUAAUAUAUACUAUGUGGCUUUUAACGUAUAAAAAAGGGUCGUUUAGACCGUAUUGUCGAUCGACCAGUCUGGAUGCAUAUUUGACGGCAUUCAUCAAUUAAUUGAAAUUAGAUGUUCCUUUUUUCCGCUCAAUCAAUGCAAAGAAAAUAUUACAAUA